AUGCAUUUCCAGCGCGUCCCUGCCACUUUCCAACUCGGAGCAAACAACGCGAUGUUUGAAUGCGAAGACGUGCUUGCCGCCGACGGGGAGCAGAUGUCCGAGGUGCGCUCCCCGAGCUCAGCGCCCUCCAGUCCGCUGUCGGUGAACUCCGACUCCAGUUGCUCCAGCCCUGAGGCCAAAUCUACCUCCACGCAGCAGAGGGUGAGAAGGCCCCUGAACGCCUUCAUCAUCUGGACCAAGGAGGAGCGCAGGCGUCUGGCGCAGCUCAACCCGGACCUGGAGAACACCGACCUCAGCAAAAUUCUUGGUAAGACCUGGAAGGCCAUGUCUCUGGCAGAGAAGCGGCCGUACAUGCAAGAGGCCGAGCGCCUGAGGGUGCAGCACACCAUCGACUAUCCCAACUACAAGUACAAGCCCCGCAGGAGGAAGCAGCUGAAGAAGAGCGCCAAGGUGCAGCCUGCAGAGGCCCCGGCCCCUCUCUCCUCACUCUGCAUCAAGGGCUUCCCCGUGCCAUACAACCUCAGCUACCUCCUCCAGAACCAGCAGCAGGCCUACCCACACACACCUACGUUCCCAGACUCCCCGGCUAACUUCACCCCUCUGCAUGGCACCUACUCCAACGUUCCUGCUUUCCCAGACACAACAGAUGCUUUCUCAAACAAGCCUCUGAUGUACUCGAGCCCGCCGGCGCACCCCGCAGAGCCCCAGAUUUAUUUGGGCAGUCAGCACGGGCAGAUUCAGUAUGGUUUGUCCAGCUCCGGCAGCCCGGGGUCCCAUUGGGAGCAGGGGGAGUUCAGGGUGUACGGGGAGCAGCCGUGCUCUGCUGGGCCCUCCCUCGAGUUUUACCUGGAGCAGAUUCAGAUGGACAUGCUGUACGAUCUGGACCGCAGCGAGUUCGAACAGUACCUGGGUCCCUCCCCCUGCCGGCCUGAGUCGGUGGACCCCAGCAGCUACCAUCAGCAGAACAACCACAGAGAGGGACGCUCACUGUCAUAA